AGAAUGCGAGACUGACUGCGGCGCCCUGUUUCCUUUCCCCGCUGUAAAUGGGCAAGUGCGCGAGCUCCGGCAGAAUUCUACUCAUCAACGGUCACAAACUUUAGUCACAGACAGCGUUUAACUCUCAUUUGUAGGCACGCAAUACAUCAGCGGUUAAUACAUUAAGCCAGGCUGUUGUUUCUGAAGCGCCUCGGCGAGUUUUGGUCGUUUGUUUGAGGUGUAAACAGUGUGAAAGAGGAGUUGUGGGUGGGUUUGACGGUUAUGGCAGCACCGCGACCCAUUAAAGGGAUCCUGAAGAACAAAUCCAGUAUCAAAGCCCGACCCGAAGAGCCAGUCCAGGACACCCCAGAACCAGGAGCCCCUAUAAACUCUGAAGACGACCAGCAGAAGAAGUCACAGAAAUGGGAUGAAAUGAACAUUUUGGCCACAUAUCACCCGGCGGAUAAGGACUAUGGGCUGAUGAAGAUAGACGAACCCAGCACGCCAUACCACAGGAUGGUCGGCGAUGAAGAGGAUGAGGGGGCGCUCAGCGAUUCGGACGGGAAUACAGUCCUACCCGGAGAUGACCUCGCUAAGAAGCUGGCGGCAGCGGCGGAAGGCGCAGGAUCUCGCUUCAUGGAGGAACCAGAAGAGGAGAGCAGUGAGGAAGAGGAGGAGGAGUUGAGUCCGGAGGAGCAAGCCAGAAAGAAGCAGUUUCAGAUGAUGAGGAAGAUGCAUUAUAAUGAAGGUAUGAACAUUAAACUAGCCCGACAACUCAUCGCCAGUGAGCUGGAAGAGGAGGAAGAUGAGGAUGAAGAGAUGAAGGACGACACAGAGACCGAGGACAUCACCGUUGACCCCCCACAAGACGCUGAUUCCUUGGAUUCAUAAGGAUGUCGAGAUUUUGUCCAUCAACUCCUGCCUUGUCCCAUGAACGUCUGGAAGGCGCAGUGUCGUCACCGGUUCAGCUCCAGGAUUCCCCUCCACCCCGUGUUUCCCACCGACACCACAAUGCCACGCAUAUCGUCCAGCUCCCUUAUUUGCCAAACUUUUAUUGUCGUCACGCUAAGAAACGAGACCGUUAUCAAACAGGUCCAGGCCUGGAGUCCACCCUCUUCCUGUGGCGAGAGCGUGGGAGGCCGCUGAGAAGUGUGCUUGAGUCCUACACCCCGUCACGACUCGCUGACCGCUGACUUCCACAAUGAACCGUACGCUUUCUCUGAUUUCCCAACUCUUUAAGUAAUUGAGUUUAAUGCGAUCUGAGCAGGCAGGUGGUUUAGUAUGCACUGGUAAUGGGGGACUGAUGUGGUCUUGGGCUUUGACACACACCGCUCACAUGAGCUCUACUGUAUGCAUGGCUUCUGAAAACCAUGUUUAACUACAUUGGCACUAAGAGUAUCUGCCCUGUGUAUGAUUAACAGGCGAGUAUUACAUAACUAGAUAUGAACCUACUGAUCACUCGACUGAACCCUUUGGUUGUCUCUGUUGCUUUUCCGAAACUGCAGAAGGUUUAAUAGAUGCUGAACAGUUCUGAUGGAUUUUGACUUGGCAUCCUUAUUGAGCUUUGUUUGUUUUGAUUGCCUUUUAUUUCCUAAAUGCCAUUAUAAUGAGGUUAUUUCUUUCUGUGAUUGCUGAAGAAUAUAAUUGCCCUGCAGUACCAAAUAAAAGAAAAAAA